GUUUUCACCUCUCGACCCCCCGUUUCUUUCCCCUCUCUCGCUCACCAGUGACCUCCCGUUCCUCUCCUGGCGGCGCCGCCUCCCGCGCCUGAGUCCCACCCGCUCCCCGGCGCCGGAGCCUCCCGCUCCUGAGUCCACGCCGACCGUCCCACCCUCCGCCGCGGCGGGCUCCGCCGACCUCCUUACCCGCGCCAGCUUCGUCAAAGACACGCAGAAAACAACAAGACGCGGGGGAAAGGCGAGAGGGGAGGCGACGCGGACGAGGCCCGAUUCCGAUCCCCAGUCCCCCGAUUCGCGCGUCCGGAUCAAACAGCAAUGGCAUCAUCUUCGGACCCAUGGGUGAAAGAGUACAAUGAAGCAUCCAGGCUUGCUGAUGACAUCAGUUCCAUGAUUGCCGAUAGAGGGUCUCUUCCACAAUCAGGCCCAGAAAUUAUGCGGCAUACUUCAGCCAUCCGGAGAAAAAUAACUAUUCUUGGGACUAGGCUGGAUAGCUUGGAGUCAUUGCUGACCAGAAUUCCUCCAAAGUCAAUCACUGACAAGGAAAUGCAUAAGCGCCAAGACAUGCUUUCAAAUUUGAAGUCUAAAGCAAAACAAAUGGCGACAAGUUUCAACAUGUCGAACUUUGCUAACAGGGAGGAUCUUCUUGGUCAGAGUAAAAAGGCAGACGAUAUGAGCAGAGUUGCUGGGUUAGAUAACCAAGGAAUUGUUGGCCUUCAGAGACAAAUUAUGAAAGAGCAAGAUGAGGGCCUUGAGAAGCUGGAAGAGACAGUGCUGAGCACAAAACACAUUGCAUUAGCAGUCAAUGAAGAACUUACCCUGCACACAAGAUUGAUAGAUGACCUUGAAGAUCAUGUUGAUGUUACAAACUCGCGUCUUCAGCGCGUGCAAAAGAGGCUUGCAAUUCUGAACAAGCGCACCAAAGGUGGCUGCUCAUGCAUGUGCCUGCUGUUGUCGGUCAUUGCCAUUGUGAUCCUCGCGGUCAUUGUUUGGCUUCUCGUCAAGUACCUGUAAAGAAAAGAAAGAAGCUGCCAGUUACCCCGCAGCUAUCGCCUGAAAUGGCCCUUCUGUGUUACCCGCAGCCUUCACUUGAAAUAUCCCGUGUGUGUUACUCGAUUGAAAUGUGCAGACUUUGAAAAAUAUAUAUAUGGUGGUUUCAGUCUCUUCUUUCCUUUGUUCAGUUUGUGAGUGCAACGUUAUGCAAUAUGUACAUUACAUCGAAUGAGGUCCAGGCAUGAUCAUCAAUCUGUGUAUGAGAUCCUAUGUGGCGUUUUUCAGUUUGCAAUGAGAAGUGUGGAUUCAUUCCGUGUGGCUA